GCCUCGGCACCGGGGCAGCUCCACAUUGUUGCGGAUCGCCCGCACCGAGCGCAGCGGCGGCGGUGGGGACCCGUGGCGCACCCGGCUCGCUCCCCUUGCUCCUCCGAGACCGUGCAGCCCCGAGCCCCGCGGGCAGCUGGCCGCCGUAGCCGCACACCAUCGCCUGGGCCCCGAGCCCUCCGCACCGCCCGGCCACCCUCGGAGAACAGCCGGCCAUGGAUGCCUGCAAGUUGGAGCCGAGCGGGAGGGUGUGAGCGCGCCCAGGGCCGAGAGCCUGCGCCGCGCUAGCCCGGUAGCCGGGCGCGCCGGGGGUGGGUCCCUCUCCCCAGCCCGGCUUUGCGUGGAAGAAGAGGGCGGGGACCGGGGCGAGGAGGAGAGCGGAGGAGGCGAAGGGGGCAUGACUCGUGCAACUUACUGCGGGCAUCUGCCGAGGCUCUGAGCCGGCGGUAGCCGGGGCCCGGAUUGCGGCCACGCGGAUCCCACCCAAGCCCACCCCGCCCCGACCGACGGCUGCGGCUGACCUGGAUCCUCCGAGCGCCCGCCGACCGCCAGCGAUCCGCCCUCGUCUUCCAGGCUGGUUUCUGGAGCGCGAGGAGCGCCCUCCUGGCAGCCCCUUUCGCUGGACCCCCGCCCCCCGAUGGCUCGGAUGGGGCUUGCGGGCGCCGCUGGACGCUGGUGGGGACUCGCUCUCGGCUUGACCGCCUUCUUCCUCCCAGGCGCUCACACGCAGGUGGUGCAGGUGAACGAUUCCAUGUAUGGCUUCAUCGGCACAGAUGUGGUACUGCACUGUAGCUUUGCCAACCCACUGCCCAGUGUGAAGAUCACCCAGGUCACGUGGCAGAAGGCCUCCAAUGGCUCCAAGCAGAACAUGGCCAUCUACAACCCAACUAUGGGGGUUUCCGUGCUGCCUCCCUACGAGAAACGAGUGGAGUUCCUGCGGCCCUCCUUCAUCGACGGCACCAUCCGCCUCUCCCGCCUGGAGCUGGAGGACGAGGGCAUGUACAUCUGUGAAUUUGCUACAUUCCCUACCGGCAAUCGUGAGAGCCAGCUCAAUCUCACUGUGAUGGCCAAACCCACCAACUGGAUUGAGGGCACCCAGGCGGUGCUUCGAGCCAGGAAAGGACAGGAUGACAAAGUCCUGGUGGCCACCUGCACCUCAGCCAAUGGAAAACCUCCCAGUGUGGUGUCCUGGGAAACACGGCUAAAGGGCGAGGCAGAGUAUCAGGAAAUUCGGAACCCCAAUGGCACAGUGACAGUCAUCAGCCGUUACCGCUUGGUGCCCAGCAGGGAGGCCCACCGGCAGUCCCUGGCCUGCAUCGUCAACUAUCACCUUGACCGCUUCAGGGAGAGCCUUACACUCAACGUGCAGUAUGAACCUGAGGUGACCAUCGAGGGCUUUGAUGGCAACUGGUACCUGCAGCGGACAGAUGUGAAGCUUACAUGCAAAGCAGAUGCUAACCCGCCAGCCACUGAGUACCACUGGACCACGUUGAAUGGCUCUCUCCCCAAGGGUGUUGAGGCUCAGAACAGAACCCUCUUCUUCCGGGGACCUAUCAACUACAGCCUGGCAGGAACCUACAUCUGUGAGGCCACCAACCCUAUUGGCACCCGCUCAGGCCAGGUGGAAGUCAAUAUCACAGAAUUCCCCUACACCCCGACUCCUGAACAUGGGCGGCGCGCCGGGCAGAUGCCCACAGCCAUCAUUGGGGGCGUGGCAGGGAGUGUCCUGCUCGUGCUGAUUGUGGUUGGAGGGAUCAUAGUGGCCCUGCGCAGGCGCCGGCACACCUUCAAGGGUGACUACAGCACCAAGAAGCACGUGUACGGCAACGGCUACAGCAAGGCAGGAAUCCCCCAGCAUCACCCGCCGAUGGCACAGAACCUGCAGUACCCGGAUGACUCGGAUGAUGAAAAGAAGGCCGGCCCAUUGGGCGGGAGCAGCUAUGAGGAGGAAGAAGAGGAGGAGGGCGGUGGAGGUGGCGAACGAAAGGUGGGCGGCCCCCACCCCAAAUAUGACGAGGACGCCAAACGGCCCUACUUCACUGUGGAUGAGGCUGAGGCCCGUCAGGACGGCUAUGGAGACCGGACUCUGGGCUACCAGUACGACCCUGAACAGCUAGACUUGGCUGAGAACAUGGUUUCUCAGAACGACGGGUCUUUCAUUUCCAAGAAAGAGUGGUAUGUGUAGCCCCGCCUUCUGGAGCCUCUGUCUGUGCCCACUUCUCCCUGGCCCCUACCCGCACGCCCCCUGCCCACCCCCACAGCCCACUGCCCCAGGAGCUCCACAGAGACUUGACCAGCUGCCCUAAACCAGCCCCAAACUCCUGGGGAGCCAGGGGAGCUCAGGGCAGACCUCACUUGGCUUUUUUUUUUUUUUUUUUUUUUCUCUAUUUCCUCCCUCACCCACCCUUCCCCAUGGUGUUGUGUUCGACCGUGGCUUUGUUGUUGCUGUAUGUUUCCUUUAAGGACCCCUUCCACUGCCCUAUGUGUAGGGAGCCCUGUUCUUGUCUUGUGUACUUGGGCGUCCCUCCAGGGUUUGGGGAGCCAGUCCUCUCCCACCCCCCCCAACACUGGAAUUUGUUUGUGUUCUCUUCGUUGGGAAUGGAGGGUAAAGGGGAGCUUCAAGAGCACCCUCACCCCCACCCCACAUGCUGCUCCUCUUCCCAGAGAGAAGUAACCCAAUGUCCCCCACUAAGCUGGUGCAGCCAGUGUACCUAAGAGGUUUUAGAGAAGUUCUCCAUGGUACCCAGGGAAGUCUUGUGUGUGAAAUAGUGGCGGCUGAGGUCCUGUGGGGUCCUGGGCAGUGUGCUUUCCUGGUGAGGGUAGUUUUGUUUUCUUUUUUUUUUUUUCUUUCUGACCCCCCAAAAUGGAGUUGGCCUAGCUCUCAUAUACCCCUCUCUGUUACCCACAGUCCGUUCUCUACACAGUGGGUGACCUCAGGCGGUCUCUACCCACAGUUCUAUAUGCCUCUGCCAACACAUGCACACAUAUCCACGCACACACAUCCCUGGGCCUAUGCCACUUUCUCACGCCCUGCCCAGGCUGAACACUGCUGGAGGCUCAACCCUCUGCUCCACCUCUUAUCCAUUCCCAGCUCAGGAAGGGAUCAGCCCCACAGAAGCAUCCAGAGUUAGCUAGGAUGAACACCUCCCCUCAUCCCCACCAGCCACUCUAAGAUUUCAGUGUAGCUCCAACCUUUCCUGACAAUGUACACACGUUUCUCAGAUUUCUCCUUUUAUCUGUCAAGUGCCAGCAACACUUGACUCUUCUGGAAAGUCAGGGCUGGGAUCCCAGGAAGGAAUUCGAGGCACAGAAGUAUUGAUGCAGAGAAGGCUGCUUUAUGGAAGUUCUGCAAACAAUCUGAUAGACUGAAGGGGACUACCGAUGUCUCUCAUACGGGAAGGCUGGCCUAGAUGUCACGGGUCUCAAAGAAAGUGCAGGGACACCCGGGAACUUGCUGCUUACCCACAGUCUGAUCCCUGCUCAGUUUCUCCUGGUGCCAUGCUGACAAGAGGGGAGUGUUGGAAGGGCCUUCCUUUGCAUGCAGACUCCUUCAUUGAAUGGGAUUCUGGCUUCCCUUGAGUGCAGGCAGAAAGGUCCCUCCCAGCUCUCUGUUCCCAAGCUCAAAGUGCCUCAGUUUCUCCAUCUGUGCCCCUAGAUUACCCUCAUUCUAAAUGGGCAUGCCUAGGGCCUGCUUGUCAGAAUCUCAGCUAACUCAGCCCAAGGUGACACUCGCUGAGGGAUAACAAACAUUGGGGAAAGGGAGACAGACCAUUCUGUGCCCCACAGGCACUGACCCACCCUGCCAUAGGCUUCUUAAGGGAGCCCCAACCCUCACCUCGCUUCUCCCUGGUGCUGUUGUUGAAUUCCCAGUCCAAGUGCCAUCUCUGGCACCCCUCAGCACCAGCUGAGGGCCUUCUGCCAGGCCCUCACUGCCCUAGUCCCAGCCCAGGCCGCCCAGUAGCCACGUAGCAGAAGUCUGAAGCCAUGCCAGCCCUGUGGUGGCUCUCCCCUCUUGGCAUUGGGGACACUGGAUGGGGUAAAUUUGGGGGAAGAAAAAUUCUGGGACCUUUCGAGCCACAGGGCGGAGGAAGAUGGAGGAGCUGGGUUGCUUCUCCCAGAAGUAUUAGUGUCCUUCCCAUGUCACAGCUUGUCCUGUUCCUCAUGCUACUCUGUCCCUCUCCUUGGUCCCUUUCCCUCCAAGGCAGGUGGCAGAACCCUGACUGCCCCAUAGGGGCAUUUCUGUCCCUAUGGGGCCAUAAGUCGGAAAGACUCACCCUCCCUCAUCUCUCUCACCUUUCAUGGUCAUCCCCUAUCCCUUGUUUUGUGAUGGACUGAGGAGGCCCUGGGUCCGGACAAAGCACCUGAGCUCCCUUUACAGACCUGCACGCUUUUCCCCCAAGCAAAGCACAAUUUACAGGGUCCAUGCAGCAGGAUCUAGGAUCCCCAGCAGUGGCACUGAGCGCUUCCAGGCAGCUGCCACCUGGGCUAAGAGAGGAUGUGAGGCAGGGGUUGGUAGCUGGGCCCAAGGAGGGGGGGGCUUUGUUUGCCCUGUGUUUGUGGGACAGUGGACACAGCCAGCUGACAUUAUGACAGAGCAGAGGGCAUUCUGCUUCACCUUCAUGUCCCCAACAUAACUAAGCUUCUGCCAGACUGUGGAGAGUAAACUUGGUGUGUUACCUGCCCAGACCCCUCUGGUUGUCAUCCCUAGCUGCCCUCCCCCUUCUGUCCCUCCACUGUCCCUGGACCCCUGUUUCCCUACAGAUUUUGGUAUCGUUCUGGUGUGCAACAACCCUUUGAGUCUCUUUUACCAGAAGGACCUGAAAAACAGCAACACACAAUCACGCCUUCCACAGACCAAGCACAGGUGUGUGUGUGUGCACAAGUACACACACGAGGAUUGAGAAA